CUAGCCAAACUCGUUGAUCGUUCACUGUUCCAUCACUGAGUUCCUUAAGUUCCCCACCAGAAGUGACAAUAGUAACAAAUACCUAGUAGGCAGAGAUAUAGCAAUACUUAUUAAAAUCACCGUCUUUUCUCCGCAUUCCACUACCAUUAUCAUAACCCAUCAGUCCAUAUCAUCCAUCUCAAUCACAACCACACACCCGCUCUUAAAAUGUGCUUUCUUCUUUUUAAAACGAAUGCUCAUUAACAUAACAAUGAUUGACUCAGGCCGUUUGCACAGCAUUGAAAGUGAAAUAUACGCGGUGAUAUACUUGAAUCCUAUUUUCUCGGCAAACUAACUUGAAGUUUUGUUUGCUUAGGACUGAGUAUGGACCACUUUCACUGUAUUGUUUCUUUGAAUUGUGGUUUCUUUUUUUAAACAAUCGGGAGCCCGGUCUGUUUGGAUCGAUUCUGUAUAGAUAUACUACUCUUUCAACUAUGCACUGUCUUUAGCUUAGGGGUAUGUUGUAUGAAGCAGUGUGUGGAAUUUCACAAAGGAAUCGUCUUUAGUGGAGAUCCCAGAUUGAAAGAACACAUGCAUGCACGUUAUACAAGAUUGAAACCGGUUAUGACAGUUUGAGAAUGGAGGAUCUCGCAUAUCAAUAAUUCUGUAUGAAAACACGGAACAGAUGGAUGUGGACAAGAUUCAAGCCAUCAUCAAGAAGAAUGGUAUCUCGACCAUUCGCUAUGAGAUGCCCGAUGUAUACGGUAUAUCUCACUGCCGUCUAUUCCCGGCUGCAUCCUUUCAAAGAAGAACCACUGAAGGUGUCAAGUUCAGCAUCAGCACCCUGAUGUCCUCAGAUCCUCAAGGCAACCUGGCGUCUGGCACCGGGUACGGAGAAGAGAUUGGCUUCGGUAACUGUCUGGCGUUUCCCGACUUGGAGACCUUUCAAGUCGUGCCCUGGGCAAAGUCCUCUGCUCGGGUGCUGAUGAAUCCUACGAUUGAUGGCCAGCCUGUUGUAGGUUACCCGAGAUAUGUGGCACGUCGUCAGAUUGCAAGGCUCAAUGCAGUUGGUUACACGCUUCUUUCUACAAACAAAUACGAGUUCUGUGUGGAGAAUGCAGUGGAGAGAAAACCAAUCUUUUCAGGGAGGAACUUCGGAGCAACGGUUCGGCUGCCGAAGGUGGAAGGAAUCCUGGAGCCACUCUGCGAUUACCUACCGCAAGUCGGGUAUGAUAUAUUGAACAUGGAUACAGGAUAUGGACCCGGACAAAUCGGGAUGUCCUACAGACCGGCGUUUGGGCUGAAAGCAGCAGAUACCGCAUACACGUUCCGAACGUCUAUUAAAGAAAUCGCCCUGAGGAAUUCUCACAUUGCCAGUUUCAUGACAAAACCAUACAACGAUGGCAACGGAUCGUCGGGGCACUUCAUCCAUUCUCUCUGGGAUCCGAAACGUAAGCAUCCCAUGCUGUUUGACAAGGAUCAUCCUACAGGGUUAUCGAAAAACGGUCGUCACUGGGUGGCAGGGAUUUUAUCUCAUGUCCCAGGUUUAGCUGUCCUGAUGUGUCCGACCAUCAACUGCAUGAAACGCUAUGUUCCAAAUGAACAAGCUCCCGUCAACGCAUCAUGGGGUUACGAUAACCGCAGUACGGCCGUGCGGGUUCGGGUCAUGGGAGAUCGUGGAACCUUCAUUGAAAACCGCCUUCCAGGAAGUGGGUGUAACCCUUACAUUGUCAUGGCAGCGACAAUUGCAGCAGGCAUUGAUGGCAUCGCCAACAAACUUCCUCUGCCGCCUCCUGUGAAAGGUGAUGUGAUGGACGAGAAGUCCCUACCUCCUCUCACAGCUAGUAUUCCAAACAAUAUACACGACGCUCUGAGCGCUCUGGUAGCCGAUACUGUCCUUUGUGAUGCCUUAGGAGAUGAGUUCAUCAACUGUUUCCUUUCGCUGAAGCAGCAGGAGGAUCAACUGAUGACUAAAGCGAUGGGAACAGGACACAAGAACUGGGAAUAUGAUUACUAUUUUGAAUAUAUGUGAUAUUGAGCCUUUACAAGAUGAUUUUAUUUCUUAUAGAUGUAUAGCAUGUGUAGUAUUAUAAUGUGACUUUUAAUAGAAAACUAACGUUUUGGUUUAAAUUGUUUUGGUACACCAGUUCUACAACUGAAUGUUAGAUGAGAAUUAUCAAUAUACAUAUUUGUCAAAAUCUGAAUAAUACAUAAUGUAAUGCAAAGUUACAAGUCAUAUUUUUCAAGAUUGAAAGAAAUUAAUUUCAUGAAAUUCUCAAUUAGACUUAUUUGUGAUGAAUUUAUUGUUACAUUUGAAGCUUUAAACUACAACAAAGGUCCAUGAUCCAACACAAUCUCUGAAAUUUAAACAAUUGUUGUAUGUUACUUUGUUGGUAUCAUCAGUGUCUGACCUUCUCACCCUGGCCACAAGAAAAUCAAGUCCUUGUUUCAUCUCGCUUAUUAUUUAUAAAUACUCUAAAGGAGUGAUCUGAUUGGCUUAUUAUAAAUCGUAACAAAAUUGCAGAAUUUGUGACUGAUAUAAAGUUUUUUAAUGAAAUCCCAGACUUCUUAUCUACAACUGCAAGUAUAGUCAAUUUGAGAUUAAUCAGGGUUCAAUGACACAAAGGUGAGCGAUUAAUCAUUUAUGCUUGGUUUUCAGGACUAAUUGUACAUUGUAGUCAAUGCAAUCAAUCAUUUAAAAAAUGUGCUAUGAUGAUUGCUAAGUUUUUUGUUACGGGCCAAAAUUCACAUUUUUAUGACACCGAAUAGAACAAGGGAUAAUUUUAUGAAAGGACUUGUCAGAAGUUUUAUCCAACAAGUCCCAUUUUAUCCAACAGUUACCACAGUAACAGUGCUUCACAGCAAAUCAAGAUCAAGGAAAGCUGUCAGACCCGACAUCUAAAAUGCUCCUCAGACAUUUCUAUGAUAAAUCAAUGUUUACCUAUACAUCUUCCCAACAUUUGACAAAUUAAUAAUUUACUGUAACUAUACUGUCAUCAAUCCAGUCUUUUUGUGUCAGAGAUGUAUAUGUACAGUAUAUAUUUAUAUUCUUUUCAUGCAUAAUGAAAAAUAAUACAAAGGAAAAGAAAUUUAAAAAAUAUGAAACUGCAGUUUUGUAGUAUUUUCUGAUUGAGGCCCAGUGGCUAUGUAAUUAUUUAUUUUAAUGACAAGAACAAUGGUUUCAUUUCUACACCGAUGGAUGGGCUAAAGAUCCAAUGCCAUGGCCUUUGCUUCUCUCUUUCCCUCUCCAUUUAGAGUGGAUGCAAUGGGUGUUUCCAAAUUCAGUGUCAAUCUUUUGGUGUUGGUGUUGCACUGGUCCUUACACCAGCACAGCACCAAAAUAAAAAUAAGUAUCAUCUUGGGGAAAAAAAACAUUUUUCAAAAAAUUUGAAACCAUCUUCCAUAGAAACCAGGUCAAACCAUUCAUUCGCAACCAAAGCAUGAAGAAUAAAAAAAUUAGCAACACAACAAACAGUUCAUGAUGAAAAACGUAUUAUUCCAUUUUAAAUAUUUCAUUUAUUUAAAUCUAAAUAUAUAAAUAUUUCUCCAAAAGGAUAUCUCAUCUACCUCUAGAGUAGAAUAAAUGUACAUUUCUGUUUUUUAGUAUUUCUCAUUAUUUAUACAUACAUUGUAUUUACAUAAUUAUGCAUCAUGCAUUGAUGAAUAAAUUGCCAAUAAAAAGUAAUAGAAAAAAUUAUGAGGUAUUUUCGAAGGACACUUUAACUUGCAGAAUAAGGAUGACAUAUCGAGAAUACUUCAUAAAGCUGUUGUACAAUUAGCAUUCUUUAAAGGGAAAGUUCACCCUGAAGAAAAGUUUGCUGUAAAAAUAGCAGAAAAAAAAUGAUAAAAAAUAUUGGUGAAGGUUAGAGGAAAAUCCAUUAAAGAUAAAGGAAGUUAUUAGAAUUUUAAGUUUUGUGAUGUCAUAAACUAGCAGCUGCCCCACAUGUUAUGAAAUAUAAAAUGCAUAAAUUUCAUAUUUUUAAUGGUUCAUGAUGACUUGUUUUUGUUUUCUUUUUAGAAACGGUUGUGAAAUGGUUUGUCUAUUGAUAUACUGAAGGUACAAUAAAAGCCAUUUCUAAUUUUCUGAGAAAA